AUGGGUGUACGCAGGACGCUCGUUCUGCCUGUGCAGAAUCGCCGCGCAAAGACUUGCAAGGCCUCCGUGCUCGCGGGAGCUACAGCAGGUCUAGGAGCUGAAAAAGGUUCGCGCUGGACUCCCCGAGCCUGUGAAGUGGCCGGCUCGGCGACACAAGCUGCAUUCAGCUCCUCACCUCAGCUUGAUGCUGAACUUGGUGAAGUGUUUGAUGCAUACGCUACACCAAAAGGGUGUUUGUGUCCAGCCUUGCUUGCGCACGUGGUGGAUCUCUUGAAUGAGAAAUUUGGCAUUGGGCUGCAGACUUCUGACACUGCCAGGCUGAAGAGCAUGCUGAGCCAGAAUGGGGAAGACGGAAUAGACCGUCAAACGUUUCUCAGCACCAUGGGCAGUCUUCUGGCCGCUCUGAAGUACUCAAAAGGUCUAUCCAUUGCGCAGUUGCGCAUAGUCAUGGCGACCGCUUUUGAGCGCUUCGACUUGGAUGGUGAUGGCAUUAUCAGUGAGACAGAGUUUGCGGCAGCACUGUCCAGCUGUGACAUCGAGCUCCCUCAUAGUCAGGUAGCCAUACUCUUGAAGUUUUUAUCGCCUAGCUCCUCGCACGCAGCUGUUGCCGUUGCAAGAAGGGAUCUUGCGGGAACUGACUCGGCAAGCCUGGAGGAUCAGCUUCAGGCUGCUUUCCAGGGAGCUCGGGAGAAGUUGGUGGAGGCAACGGGAUGGAAUACUGCCUUGAAGAUGGCAUCAAACGUGCUGGCAGUGCUGGAGGAACCACACACCCCGAAGAGCCAGAUCUACCGAAUACUUGCUGCCAGUGUGGGGAAGGAUGUCACAAGUGAGAUGCUUGCCGACACGAGCGAGCUACUCAUGACGCUGGCAAGUGUCGUGUUGGUGUUACAAACGCACAGCCAUGGGUCGCAGAUGUUGCCGCAUGAAUGGAUGGAUCAGCUUCGACUCCUCACAAAUGAUCUUGUCUCGGCUUUCAACGAUCUCGUCCAGUCAGGGCCCAUGGGCCCGGUGCUUUUGUCAGGAGUCCUAGGGGCCUUCAAGGCACUGCAAACUCAGGAGACGGCGACCCUGGAACGAGAAGGAAGCGCUGCUGUUUGCUCGCACCUUGUCACUGGAAGCACCUUUCACAAGAAGGGGUGCUCCAUGAAUCUCUUCCAAAAGUUGCUGGCAUGUGGCCGCUGCCAAUGGCUAUCUGCCUCUGCGAGCGACCGUUUGGUGCCCUCAGAUAGUCAGCAAAUCCGAGUACUUGUCCGUGGAGACGCACAAAAACGAACUUCUUCCGGCGAGUGCUUGCCGGUUCGGCCUGGUGAUGUCAUGACUUGCCAGCCCGGGGAAGAAGUGAUGGCGUCUGAACAUGUGGUGUUUGCUUCCCUGGAUGUUGCUAAGUUGAUGGAUUGCGUUCAUAACUCUUCGGACACCCUACUUGUGGCACUGGUCAGCGAGAUACUGGAUGAUGCGGAAUUUCCCCAUGUGGCAAAUCAUCAAGCGGGCAGUGAUUUGCUAGCUGCGGUACCUCCUCGGACAUCCAAUGCCACCUCCCCGUCAGGGUGGUUUUCGCCCGUCCAGGCAGCCAUUAAACUUCAGGCAAAGCGCAAGGGAUUUUCUGUCUGCACUGAAAUUACAGAUGGUUUGCAGCACAUCUUGUCCCAAGAAGACAUUUCCAUGCCGGAGAAGCUGGAGAGAUGUCGUGUGCUGGUUCUGAAUCAUGCUGAGGAUUUCGUUGAGAGCCUCGAAGCAUUGGUUGACCUAACAGGAGCAAGAGGCAGUGACGAGGCGGUUUGUAGGCAAGAGCAUCUCAGCUUUUCCUCUGGCUGUUCUAACAAGGACUAUGAAAACGACUACAGAGCAUGCCUUGCGAUUCCUGGAUCCCAUCAGCCUUCGAUCAAACUUGACCAUAGUGUACGCUUAGAAGUGAGCGUCCGAGUGACACUGAUUCUGGAGUGGUUGAUGCCUGCGGUUGGCCUCAGCCAUGUGGCUCGUUAUCACAUCAACAUUCCCACCUUUCCAAAGGAGCUGAUGACGUCAACUCUGGGUGCCUCGGCUGCGGCGACCAUGGAGCCCACAGCUACACUGCGCUCCUCUAUGACCCAUCCCUACCUGACUAGCAAGUUCCAGGUGGGGUCUGCCAAGAGUGACAAAAUCAACUAUACGUUGGCACAGAAAGUCUUCCACAGCGGGGACGUGCCUCACGAGGUGCUUGAGUCAAAACGAGCCGUUCAGAAGAGGAAGCAGCCAAACAUCUUGGGCACCGAGAAGCGAGACUGGAAUUCCUCGACAAUUGCAGAUCAAAAGAUUCAGAAGGACAUGCACAAGGACCUGAAGCGUCAUUUGCUUCAAGUGCGAGCUGGCCUCCACGACGAGAAAAUCCUAAAGCCUUGCAAAGCUCAUACCGACGAGGCCAUCGUUGAACGUCAUAAGUUCAUUGUGGCCUUGACUGGCCAGGGUCCCAUCGGCAAACUCUCAGGCAGAUGGUUCAAUGCCAUCGAUGAGCGUGGCUUACCCGCCCACUGCAUUGCUGAUCACUGGAGCGACUGGAACUCCUCCUAUAGCACUCACACGAAGGAAGAUAUCCUUCAGGCUCAUGCAGUUGUCCAGCAGAAGGACGACCGGCGCAGACGUAUGAUGACCAGGGAAAGCAAGCUGAACAAGGAUGCUUACAUCAACCCUACGAAGGCCAUCACCAACAUGAAUGACCGUCUGCGGGAGCGGAAAGUGGAUUUCCAGGACUUGAAGGACCAGUUCAAGAGGGAGCUCAAAAUUGAAUUUCCACAAGCUUCCGAAGAGCGGCUUCAAGCAAUGGCCCAGAGGUUGCUCAAUGAAAAGCUGCUGGCAGACGAGAAAAUGUCUCGUUUCCCAGUGCAGCAUGAGAGCUUCCGGCCGAAUUUAUCUUUGACUACUCAGGAUCGUAGGUACAAGGAGCACUUCCACCCCGGCACGUUCGUUUGGAAUGAGGCAGAGAAGCGGGAGGCCUGGACUUGCUGCUUGAACUUCGGCUACGACUCUCGUGGCUGUGAGUCCCGGGUAGUGAACCCUGACUCCUGGAGCUACCAGGGCUUUGAGCGCGCAUCUGCGUAG